UCCUGCCUGCCUGAGUUAAAAGUGAUGCUGGGGAGGGAGGCACCCUGAGAUGCACGGAGCUUCAGCUGUGAAGAUGCUAUAAAAAGAGAAGAGUAGGAAUGAGACAGAAGCGACACCGGAAUUGCCAGAGCUGAGCUGGGCUCAACUCAGUUCCGCUGCCAAACAAGGGGAAUCAGAUCGUACAUAGACUUUGAGAUCCUGCUGAACCUGCUUAUAAUGAGGACUUACUAUUGCCUAUCAGUAUUCAUCUGGACCUAUAUGUUUCAUACAGUGGAUGCUAUCCCACUACAAGAGAAAGCUAAUAGUGAUUUACCAAGCAAAAGUGUGGUGGAUCUGACAAAAGAUGACGGUAAAAUGUUACAUCGCACCAAGCGUGGCUGGAUGUGGAAUCAGUUCUUCUUGUUGGAAGAGUACACAGGUACAGAUACACAAUAUGUUGGCAAGCUUCACACUGACCAAGAUAAAGGAGAUGGAAAUUUAAAAUACAUAUUAACAGGAGAUGGAGCUGGCAGUCUAUUCGUUAUAGAUGAAAAUACAGGAGAUAUUCAUGCUGCAAAGAAAUUAGACAGAGAAGAAAAAUCCCUAUACAUUCUUCGUGCCAAGGCUAUAGACAGAAAGACCGGGCGGCAGGUGGAACCUGAAUCUGAAUUUAUUAUUAAAAUCCAUGAUAUCAAUGACAAUGAACCAAAAUUCACAAAAGACUUAUACACUGCCAGUGUUCCUGAAAUGUCUGGAGUCGGUACAUCUGUUAUACAAGUGACUGCGACAGAUGCAGAUGACGCCAACUACGGAAACAGUGCCAAAGUGGUCUACAGCAUAUUGCAAGGACAGCCCUAUUUUUCAGUGGAUCCAGAAUCAGGCAUAAUAAAAACUGCACUACCAGACAUGAGCAGAGAAAAUAGAGAGCAGUACCAAGUGGUUAUACAAGCCAAAGACAUGGGCGGCCAGAUGGGAGGCCUUUCUGGAACCACCACAGUAAACAUCACUCUGACGGAUGUCAACAACAAUCCUCCUCGAUUUCCCCAGAGUACGUAUCAAUUUCAUUCUCCCGAGUCUGUACCUCUUGGAACCCAUCUUGGAAGGAUAAAAGCCAAUGACCCCGAUGUGGGGGAAAAUGCUGAGAUGGAAUACAGCAUUGCUGAAGGAGAUGGAGCAGACAUGUUUGAUGUCAUCACUGACAAGAAUACACAGGAAGGGAUUAUAACUGUCAAACAGAAUUUAGAUUUUGAAAACAAAAUGCUAUACACUUUAAGAGUGGAUGCAAGUAACACUCACCCUGACCCACGAUUCUUACACCUGGGACCUUUCAAAGACACAGCCGUGGUCAAAAUAUCUGUGGAAGAUGUCGAUGAGCCUCCUGUGUUCAGUAAACUUUUUUACCUGAUAGAAGUAGAUGAAGAUGUGAAGGAGGGCAGCAUCAUUGGACAGGUUACAGCAUAUGACCCAGAUGCCAUGAACAAUUUAAUAAAAUACUCUAUUGAUCGACAUACUGAUAUGGACCGGAUUUUUAGCAUUCACUCCGAAAAUGGCUCUAUUUUCACUCUGAAACCCCUUGACCGGGAAUCAUCUCCUUGGCACAACAUCACCAUUACAGCCACAGAAAUAAAUAACUCAAAACAAAGUAGCCACAUCCCUGUCUUCAUCAGAAUUCUAGAUAUAAAUGACCAUGCUCCGGAAUUUGCCAUGUACUAUGAAACAUUUGUUUGUGAAAAUGCAAAACCUGGGCAGUUGAUUCAGACUGUCAGUGUCAUGGACAAAGAUGAUCCUCCCCGAGGCCACAAAUUUUUCUUUGAACCAGUACCAGAAUUUCCUCUCAAUCCGAACUUCACCAUUGUAGACAAUAAAGAUAACACAGCAGGGAUCAUGACUCGAAAAGAUGGGUAUAGCCGCAACAAAAUGAGCACCUAUCUACUGCCGAUUUUGAUCUUUGACAAUGAUUAUCCAAUUCAGAGCAGCACUGGCACGCUCACUAUCCGUGUGUGCGCCUGCGACAAUCAAGGAAACAUGCAGUCCUGCAAUGCAGAGGCCUUGGUCCUAUCUGCUGGCCUGAGCACGGGGGCUCUCAUUGCUAUCCUUCUUUGUGUCAUCAUUCUACUUGUUUUAGUUGUACUGUUUGCUGCACUGAAGAGGCAGAGGAAAAAGGAACCCCUGAUUAUUUCAAAAGAUGAUGUCCGGGACAACAUUGUGACCUACAAUGAUGAAGGUGGAGGGGAAGAAGAUACCCAAGCUUUUGACAUUGGCACACUAAGGAAUCCAGAAGCAAGAGAAGACAGUAAACUUAGAAGGGAUGUAAUGCCUGAAACUAUUUUCCAGAUAAGGAGGACUGUGCCUCUGUGGGAAAAUAUUGAUGUACAAGAUUUCAUCCACCGAAGAUUAAAAGAAAAUGACUCAGACCCAAGUGCACCACCUUACGAUUCACUGGCAACAUAUGCCUACGAAGGGAAUGAUUCCAUCGCAGAUUCACUCAGUUCUUUGGAGUCUCUCACAGCAGAUUGUAACCAAGAUUAUGAUUACCUCAGUGACUGGGGGCCUCGUUUUAAAAAGCUUGCUGAUAUGUAUGGGGGUGAUGACAGUGACCGAGAUUAAGAGUAUUGUAUGAGUUGACCCAUGUUUUUGGAAGUACUCUCCUGUUCCUAGAUUGAGUGGCCUGCAUUCUCUUCCUUGGAGGAAAUUUUUUAAAAAAUCAAAAUCACAAACAAUACGUAGGUGUUGUCUUAGUAAGGGUUUGCUUAAUCAGUAAGUUUCCGUGAAUGAAUACGAAUGAUAUAGAUUAAAAAAAAAGUAAUAAUAACCAGUUCACUCUCUUUGCCUAACAAUCUCUGAAGGAAAGUAUAUCACAUCAAUAAUCAAUAAAAAUUACAUAAAAGGCUUUUUGUGCCUUUACUUAAAUAUAAAGACUUUAUAAAUGUUUUCUUAACUGACUUACAGUCACCUUUACUAUUAAACAUUGUGCAACGGCUUUGUAAAUUAAUAUGAAAAUAUAUAUAUCCCUAAAGAAAUAGGAAUGACUAUUACUGCCAUAUUUAUUUAGUUGAAGAAUGUCUUUGUGUUAAUUCAUUCAUAUUUUUAUAAAUGUAUAUUUAUAUUUUUGUAUUUUUAUGAAAUAAACUAGUAUUUAUAAAAAUGAAUAUCAUUUUAUUUAAUUCCUAGAAGCAGUUCUGAUCUCACUUAUAACAAAUUUUUUUACAUCUUUAUAGGCAAAACAUGAUUCACUCAGGGAAUUAAGAACAGCUGAGUUACUGCAUAUAAUUUGGAACUAGAAUGCAGCAAGACUGUAAAAGAGCUUUUAGUACAAGUUAUGCUGUUUUGCCUCUGCCACUUAAAUAUGGACAAGUGUUAUUGAACCCUCGUUAUCUACCCAUCGAUAGGAUGUGAGACCUUUGAAAUAUGAACUAUUAUAAAUAUGCUUGUGAAUGAUUAAGUCUUUUGUACAAUUUUUUCUAUGGAAUCAAUCAGUGAAUUUUAUUUGAGAAUAUAUGAAAUACAUGUAAGGAAUGCUAUGUAGAUGACAAGAAAAUCUAAAACACUCUUCCUUCAUGAAUAGAAUAGUUUUCAGAAUAAAAGGUAAUAGUUCUGAUUCUGUUUCUUCAUGAUCAGUUAACUCAUGGAAUAUAAACUGGAUGACAUUUAAAAUGUGUACAAAUAGACUAGAGGAGUUUUGGGGUUUUUUUUCAUUGAAAAUUUUAUCAAGGAGAUUGCAAGUCACCGUAUAUUUGAGGAAAUCUUAAAAGAACUAAAAACAUGUAGACUGGAGAUAAGAACCCUUAGGGAAUGUAAAGUUUUACUAACAAUGGGGAUUGUCCAGAAAACAGAAUAUAGACAAUUUAAGACAUGGGAAAGGAGAAGAGAGAGAAGGAGAAUUGUAUAUAAUAAUUAUUUGCAAAUCUGUAAAACUGCCAGAAAACUUGCCUUGGUUUAAUCUGGAGAAUAAGACCUAAACAAAAGAUAGAAACUUCACAGGAAGACUGCAUAUGAUUCCUUUUCUGUGCCAUGUUUUAUCUUUUCUCUUUCUCUUUUAUUAUUCAUCCUGUAAGGAGUAAAUAUCAUGCCCAGGGUGAUUCCUACAGUGG